UAUAAAAAAGUGUACCAUUUUCCAUUUUAUAUUAUUUUUGCGUUAUUUUAAAAAAAGCGGUUCAUCAAUAUCAAUAUAUAUUUUCUGCGAAGCUAAAAAAAAUAAAUAUAUAUCACGUUAGGAAUUUUCCGAGAUUCUAAUUAUUCGAAACUACUAUUGUUUCGAGAUUCUUAAAAAAGUUUUAAAAAAACGGCAAAUAACGAGGCAAUGUGCUCAACCCACGCUCACUGCAACGCCUUCAAUUCGUGUCUAUAUGAUGAUCCAGUGACUCCCAUGAACCCGAUGAUCCACCACAAUUAUUCUCUCGUCAACUUACUCGCUUCCGCCAACAAUCCUAGAAACGCGAACCAUAACGAUGGCGACGUUUACGACUAUGCUUACCGAAACAAAUAUUUUACGGUUCAUAGCCUGUCCAUGUUCUUGAUGGCCAACGGCAGUACUAAUUACCAAACUUACGGUAACCCUAAACCGCCAAGAAAACCGGUUAGUAAUAACCUAAAAACGCUUUUCGAAACGAGGUCAGACAAUAAACAACCCGCUUUUGUCAAUAACGAUAUCAGCGUUGUGACCGAUGAUCACAUUCUGAACAGUGUUACUUCCGGGAAAUCGAUCAUUUCCCCUAACAGUAGGUUCAGGGUGAAGCCCAUACCCGUCAAAUGUACCGAUACGUUUAAAAGACACAAUUCAUGGAAGGAUACCAUAAAAGCCGAUAUAAAAAAUAUUUUCCGAAAUGAUAACAAUAACACCACCCCGCUUACCGAUAUAUUGAACGAUUCUCAGUUCGUAAACCGUGAUACAAAACCAAAUCCGGUACCACCUUUCCCGGAUAUUCGAACGACAAUCCUAUUACCCAAUAGUAUCGAACCCGCGGAUGAUGGUCCUAUAAAAUUCCCCGUCUCGCUACCACAUGAAUCCGAUAAAAUUGACGCUAAAGAAAAUGAAAUCGUUUCGAACUUUAGUGCUUCCAAUAUUUGUUACCGCAAUGCCCGACCGGAUGAAAUCGUGCCUAUAUGUCAUUGGAGAGCCCAAGAAUUCGGUUACGGAUCUCACUGGGACUAUUUAUCCACAUUGUACAAAUGUUAUCCAGAUGGCUGGUUCGUGGCCGUAGAUCCAAAUGGACAAAUUAUUGGUAACAUAUUUGCCAUGAAUUUGGACGACGAUGUGGCCUUCGGCGGUUUGUUUUCGGUGAAGAAACCCUACAGAUGUAAAGGGGUUGGCGGUAAUCUCUGGGAAAAGCGUAAGCUAUUCGUCGGUCAUAGAAAUUUGGGCGUUAACGCUGUAGAAUCUAGAAUCGAGCCAAAUAAAAGGGUGGGCAUGCUCGUAGCCUUCAAAAUUGCCAGAUACCGGGCCAUAAUGCGAGCUGGUACAUUGGAUAAAAUUGUUUCUUCCAUCCUUCUCCACGACUCCGACAAUCCGAUUCUCGCCAAUGUAACUUUAUCGAUCCGUCGUCCUCAUCAAAAUCAAUUCGAUCCUCUUAAUAACUCUUUAUUCAAUAUGAUCAAUAAUUAUGACUCCAAGAUUAAUAAAGUGAGCCGCACGGCCUUUAUAACGAGUUUGAUUGAAUCCCAAGGAACCUCAACUAUAGUGGCCACGGAACAAGGGGGAAAUGGCGAGGAAACACUCCUAGGAUUCGGCGUUUUGAGACCGAGGUACAACGGCUUUACCAUAGGCCCUUUGUAUGCCAAGAGUCCGCUCAUAGGCAAAGCUUUAUGCUUAGAGUUAAUGUCACAGGUGCCAGUUUCCAGCAUAUUCGAUUUCAUGAUCAUUGAAAAUUGUGAUGAAGAUAAUGGUUCCCUUGUUUCUACUCAGGGCAUGAGAGAAAUCAUAAAAGAUUUAGAUCUACAAAGAGAAUGCACCCUUUAUAGAAUGUACACCAAGGGAAAUGUGGUUCUACCUUUAUCAGAGGUCUAUUGUAUCACGAGUUCGGAGGCUUUCUUAUGCUAAAGUGAUUUCCUAUUCUGCCAAAAUUAUUAAAUCAUACGUCAGAUUAUAUUUGUAAAAUUUAUUUAUUGUUUAGUUAAAUAAAAUAGCCAAAAAAUGGAAAAAUAUUUGCCAAUUAUUUAUCAAAUAUAAGAAUGUAUUGUUAAAUUAAAUAUUAGGCCUGGUUCUUUUGCCUUGUGCUUAAAAAGCUUUUAACGGCAAAUAAAAAGAUUGGAACUUUUAAGAUUGCAAACGUUUUAAAGGCCGCGUUAAAGAUAGUGGGCGAUCAGGCCUUAUAUUUGUUUUAUUUCAUUUUCAAACUAAAUCAAGUUGCUAUCCCGUAUAAAUUAGAAUUGUAUCAAAUAGUCAAAACAAUUUUUUUUAUACUAUUAAUAAUAGUUUAUGUAUUAUAUUUAGAAAUUUAUAUUGAUUUAAUAUUUCGACAAAUAGA